CCCUCGACGCCAUAAUCCCGCACGAGUCUUAAAUAUCCCCAGUAUCAACACGAAAACAAACCCUAGAAUUCUCGCCGGCACCGACUGACAGUCUUCGCUCACGAGCUGCACGGACUUCUCAGCCGCCGCCGCUGCUUUAUCUCCCUAUACGAUGACAAGCGCUUGGAUCAAUAUGAGCUUUGCAAUCAUACAUAGGGAUUUAGAGUGGGAGUGGGAGAAACAGGGUGGAGUUAUGGGUAUUAUUUUUUAUAAAUGGAGAUUCUUGCUCAUUCACAGAAGAUCUAUACGUCUGCAAAUUCUGAGAAGAAUGAGGAGAUCAAAUUAAAUUUCAAAUUUAUUAUAGCUUUGGAACAACCUGGAGCAAAUGAGCUAUGGAGCUUGUGGAGCACAGCUCACAUGGAGGAUUGCUCAUUUGGUUUGCUUCAUGUGAAACUGUUGUCAGACAUAAAAGAUGAGUGGCCGUUUUUCUCGCACGAUCUAUGUUGGCAACCUGCCUUUGGAUAUUAGAGAGAGGGAAGUUGAAGAUCUGUUCUACAAGUAUGGCCGCAUCUUGGAUAUUGAAUUGAAGAUUCCACCUCGUCCACCAUGUUAUUGUUUUGUAGAGUUUGAGAAUGCUCGGGAUGCUGAGGAUGCAAUUAGGGGUCGUGAUGGCUAUGACUUUGAUGGCUGUCGUUUAAGGGUUGAACUUGCCCACGGUGGCAGGGGCCAAUCUUCUAGUGAUCGUCGAGGAGGCUAUAGUAGCAGCGGUGGUGGUGGGGGUGGGGGUCGGUUUGGCAUCUCUCGUCAUUCUGAAUAUCGAGUUGUUGUUCGUGGGCUCCCUUCUUCUGCGUCAUGGCAGGAUUUGAAGGAUCAUAUGCGAAAAGCAGGGGAUGUAUGUUUUGCUGAAAUUUCCCGUGAUGGUGAUGGUGCCUUUGGUGUUGUUGAUUACACCAAUUAUGACGACAUGAAAUAUGCUAUUCGGAAGCUUGAUGAUACUGAAUUUAAAAAUCCAUGGGCAAGAGCUUAUAUCAGAGUGAAGAAGUAUGAGAGCAGUCCAUUAAGAGGCAGAAGUAGAAGCCGCAGCAGAAGCAGAAGUCCAAGGAGCAAGUCUCUGGAACGAUCUUUAUCUAGAUCAGAUUCUAAAUCUAGAUCUGCUUCACCUGUCAAAUCAGCCAGAUCAAGGACAAGGUCAAUAUCAGGAUCUCCCCGCAAGGUGCGAUCGGGUGGUGGCUGAUAUCUUUGCAGCUAAAGUCAGAAGUCCUCAUGACAAUGGUCGAUUGAAGUUGUGAAGGGAUAAAUUGUAGGGGGGUGGUACUCCAUGGAAGUAUAAUCUGUAUGCGAAGUUGGGAAUUUGUUGGUUGCUUAUGGUUGUGUUUGCGGUCUAGUAGUGAUUCGAAAACUCAGCAUAUCUAUCAUGCAAUUUAUGUGAGACCUAUAAGUGAACGUUGUAGGGAGGAUGAGUGUUGAUCCUGAUUCUGAAAGUAGAAUUUUUAUUUGGAAUUUGGAAUUUGGAGUGGUGUUGUGUUACUGUUUCCUCUUGUUUUUCUUUUUUAAAAUGUUGGCGAGCUGUUUAAAAUGUGGAUAGUUUUCUGA